AUGGAUAGGUGGGGUGUUCAUCAUCGACAGCCAGUUGUUGGUUGGCGUGGCGGAAAUGAGAGUUCUUUUCCUGAUGUUACUAGCCAGGAAGAGGAAUCGGACAAUGACGAAGAAGAAGUCAUUAUUAAAAAUGAACCUGUCUUUUUUCCAGAAUUUAAGAAAAGGAAGCGCCUCAGCCUCAGUCAGCUUAGAGAAGUGAAAGAGGAGUCGUGUGAGAAGGUUAGUCAGCUUAGAGAGGUGAAAGAGGAGUCUUAUGGGAAGCUUGGUCAGCUUAGAGAGGUGAAAGAGGAGUAUUAUGGGAAGGAAAGUGGUAGCAAGAAUAAGCGAAAGAAGCAUGAUAAUAAGGAAAGAUGGUCAAGCGAGAGGUACAAGUUGGCUGAGCAAAGUAUGUGGGAGGUAUUGAAGGCAGAGGGCGCGACCUUUGAAAGCCCAAUAACCCGAACUGCUCUAAGGUCAUCUGCCCGUAAAUUCAUUGGUGAUACUGGACUUCUAGACCACUUACUGAAGCACAUUGAUGGUAAAGUGGCACCUGGAGGGACUGAUCGGUUCCGAAGAUGGUUCAACACCGACGGAGUCAUGGAGUAUUGGUUGGAGAGCGCUGAUUUGGAUGGUGUUCGGCAGGAGGCUGGGGUGCAUGACCCCUACUGGAUACCACCAUCCACUGUUAGGGCAACCCUUGCCCCUUGCAAGGAUACUGAUUCUUCUGAUGAAUUGAAACAACUUAAAAUGGAGAUGGCCCAAAUGAAGAAAGAUAUGCAGGAGCUCGUUGCUGGGAAGAAAGAGAAAAAUGAAAGUAACACGAUGAAGGAGACUUUCAAAGAACUUGUGAAGUGGAAAGCUAUAACUGACCAUCGCCUAACUGAAAUCAUGGCUUCUUUGAAGAAUUUGCAGGGCAAGUAUGGUGAAAUGGUGACUUGGAAAACCGAAGUGGAGCAACAUCUUAUGGACAUAACAAAUAAAUUGAAUGAACUUCAAGCACCAAGAGAAUGCACUACUUUCAGCCCUCCUUCAGAGAAAUGGAAAGAUUGGUUAGAAGCCACUAACCCAUGCAAUACCCAAGAGGAUGCAUUGGCAACUUGGAUCGGGAGUUCAGAAUUACUUAAUGUUCCACAAGAGUGUUUACUUGAAUAUCCCUACACAGGCAUGCCAACUCAGCCACUCAAUGAAGAACCCACUAACAAGAAGAGUGAUGUGGAGGAGCUAAUGCCCACAAUGCAAGAUGAUCAACCCAAUGUCACCCCGGAUUCUUCUACAACUGUUAAUUCAAAGGCAGACAUUGACAACUCGUUGAUAAUGUUUCAGGAGAUGUUUAUGGAUUUAUUCAAAUGGAAAGAAAAGAUGGAGCAGCAGCUGCUAGAUGUAUCAAACACUGUAUAUGGCAUGCUAGCAAUGAAGUAG